CACGGCAUCUGCGGAGGCCCAGCCCCGGGCCGUCCCCGGGACUCUAGGCUUGGCAUGGUUUGGGGGCCCAUGGGCAACUGUGCCAAGCGGGCCCAACCCCGGAGGCCUAAGGACAGCUGGCAGUGGCCCGGCUCCCCCACAGGGGGCUCCCACCACAGCCCGGGCCCCAGCCUCAGCCCUGAGGAGCAGGGGGGCCCCAGGCCGGGCGUCCAGAGCUACUCGGUGCUCAGCAGCCUGGUGGGGCCUGCCUGCAUCUUCCUGCGGCCCAGCAUCGCGGCCACCCAGCUUGACCGGGAGCUGCGGCCGGAGGAGAUUGAAGAGCUGCAGGUCGCCUUUCAAGAGUUUGACCGAGACCAGGACGGCUACAUCGGCUGCCGGGAGCUGGGCGCCUGCAUGCGGACGCUGGGCUACAUGCCCACCGAGAUGGAGCUCAUUGAGAUUUCCCAGCAAAUCAGUGGUGGGAAGGUGGACUUUGAAGACUUUGUGGAGCUGAUGGGCCCCAAGCUGCUGGCCGAGACGGCGGACAUGAUUGGAGUCCGGGAGCUGAGGGACGCCUUCCGAGAGUUUGACACCAACGGGGAUGGCUGCAUCAGCUUGGGGGAGCUCCGAGCUGCCCUCAAGGUCCUGCUGGGGGAGCGCCUCAGCCAGCGGGAGGUGGACGAGAUCCUUCACGACAUUGACCUCAAUGGGGAUGGCCUGAUCGACUUCGAAGAGUUUGUACGAAUGAUGUCUCGCUGAGCCUGCACAGAAGCUGGAGGCAGCGGAGGGGACUUGGGUGCCCUGGAAGCCCAUGUCUCCAGCUGGACCCUCUGCCUCUCUUCCCUGCCCACCCCCCUGCCUGUGUGCAA